GUGACUGUUGCGGAUGUAGUUGGCUAACAAGGAAAUUAGAGUUUUUGGUUGGUACAACUAGCAGGCUGUAAAAUCACGAAAUCUACCUUCAAUAAAUAAUUUUGAAGUUUAUUUGUGAAAUAUGUUAAACAAUCGAAUGGAUUUACAUGAUGGCAAAAUGUCGCAAGUUUGGAGAAAAUGACGAGGUGACUUGCUUAACAACAGUGGCUUGGACAUUUGUGAUAUGAUAAUCACAAAAGACAAGUGUGUAAAAUGGACUGAAGUAAUUAGUUAGUUGCUAACUAUUGAGAUGUGCUACUAGCUGUACAUAUAAAACAUAUAUGACCAAUAAGCACUUUAAGUUGUCUUUGCCUACAAAUCACCAAUCUACAUGAACAUCAUGUACUAAGAAAUAAGUUGUUACUGUUUGCAUGCUCUGUCGUCACUUUAAGGUCAAUUCACCUCCACAUACAUUUGUUUUGCUAACCACACAUAAACAGAGCUGAUCAUGUCACUAGUAGAGCAGUCCCAAAAGUGGUUCCCGACUCAUGUCCAAGCCACUGUUCUUCAAGCAACUGACCUACAAGCUAAGAGUAAGAAUGGCACCAACGAUGCCUACACUAUCAUUCAGCUGGGAAAGGAGAAGUACUCGACAUCUGUGGCAGAGAAAACACUCAGCCCAGUGUGGAGAGAAGAAGCCUCCUUUGAGCUGCCAGGUCUGCUUCUGGAGGGCAACCCAGAAAUCUACGAACUAUGCCUCAUCGUGAUGCACAGGUCCCUGGUGGGAAUGGAUAAAUUCCUGGGCCAGAGUACCAUCAAUCUCAAUGAGAUUUUUGAUAACAAGGAGAGAAGGAAAACUGACUGGUACUCUUUGGACUCCAGGCCAGGGAAGAAGAGGAAGGAGAGAGGGAAGAUCCAGGUCAGCAUCCAGUUCAUGAGGAACAACAUGACGGCCAGCAUGUUCGACCUUUCCGUAAAGGACAAGCCCCGCUCGCCCUUCACUAAACUCAAGGACAAGCUGAAGGGUCGCAAGCACGAUGGUGGCUUCUCCGACACCUCCUCAGCCAUCCUGCCCCGCUCCGCCAUGUGUGACUCGGAGACCCUUCACCAGCCCAGUGCUCCGGACCAUCAGCCCCAGCCAGAGCCCAAGAUCAAGAGACCCUUACUGGCCGGCUCCCAUAAGCUUUCCGCUGCCCACUCCAUGUCCGACCUCAUUGGCACCCACUUCCGCCCCAAGCUGGACUCUAUGAACUCAAUCGAGGAGCUGGAGAAAGGGAGUGGUGCCGCCCCUCACAGGCGCUCCCAGAGUGAGGUGCAAGGCUACCAGAACACAGAGGAACACUGUGACCCUUUUACUGAUAUCAGCGAUGGCCUGCCGCAGAAGUACGCCACCCUUCCUCGCAACCGCAACCCAUUUGAGGUGGAGCAGGGCCAGCUGUGGGACCAAGGGGAGAAGAAGGAGAAGAAGGAGAAGGUCAGCCUACUUGAACGUGUGACCGGGAAGAAGGAUGUACGCAAGACCGACGGGGGACGUUCGGGCAGCUCUGGAGACCUGCGCUCGCCCAAUCCCUUCAACAGUGAGUCUCAGGGCGACAUCCAACCAACCAACCCCUUCAGCUCACACUACAAAGCAAGUGAUAAAAAGCCCACCAGCAAUGAAGACAUCCGGAAGGCGCGAGAGAAACAUGGCAAGAAAAAUGAGACAAAGCAGCCGAGCGUGGCCUCCUAUAGCAACUUGUCUUUUGACGAGGUGGUGCGCGAGCUCAUCAAGCAGAAGGAGGUGGUGAAAAAGAAGGACGCCCAUAUCCGUGAACUGGAAGACUACAUUGAUAACCUGCUGGUCCGCGUUAUGGAGGAUUCGCCGAGCAUCCUACGGACACCCUACGAGCCCAACAGGAAAGCGGGGAAAAUCUCAAAAAAGAAGUAGAGUCAAGGUAGAGGAAGGUCAAAAAUAGAGGCUUGUAGUAACAGUAAUGUCCCGUCCUAGCCAUUUAAAAAAAAAAAAAAAAAUGUAUUGUGGGUAUGGAACAAAAAAAUGAAGAGACGGGGGGGGGGGGAUUGACCAAUGCCAAAUCAGUCAUUUUUGAUUUCUUUACAGUAACUGCAUUGAUGCAGCUUAUACUUUUUUUUUAAUAGGUUUUGUAUGCUGUGAUUUGAGUUUACACCAGUUUCCCCAGCAGAAUAUUAUUGUGGAGUGAAGUACAUCCAACGACAUAAAUAUUUGACUUGCAUUAUAACUAACCCCAUGGCUGUUCCAUUAUGAUCGGUCGACUAACCUCUGAAUCAGUUGCUCUGUUGAUCCACUCAUCCAUUUUAAUUUUUAUACCUCCUGCUCUGUUUGCAUGGCAUUCUUUUUUGUUUUUCGAAUUCUGGCGAAUUGAAAGAAUGGGAAAUUACAUAAUGUAUCUCACAAAUUCAUCAGAAUACCUUAGCAGAAACCAGUCUGAUUCAAAUGAGCUAUCACUGUGUUGACUAUGUUUACCAUUUAUUACGAGAUGUUGAAGAACAAACUAGUGGGGUUAUACCUAUGCCUGACUGUUUUCCCAAGGCUUUUAAUAGUGUAUCCAUGGCCUUGGGGAAACGGUCAGGCAUGGUAUAACCCCACUAGUGCACUUUCACACACGUAACAUGAAAAUCCCAGACAGCUUCUGGGGCGGUUGUUUGAACAUAGAACCAUCAUCAAACUAAGAUUUACGUUUUUAACACUAAGGCUAUCUAGAUUUAAUUAAAUAUUUAAAGGAUGCACGUCUUCACCUCUCAUAAAUCAGUUGUACUGAGAAAUUUCACGAUUUAGAUUUUUUUUUAAAUAAUGUCCUCGAGCUUCUAGUAAAGAGAGAAACAACUUCUCUGAUUUAUGACUGAACUAUGCCUCUUUUAGCCUCUCCAUGAGGCUAAAAUCUCUUGAUUAGGUUGCCUUACUUUACUGACUUUAUUGUCCCCAUGGAGAAGUUUUGUUGCAGUGUCAUGUACAAGUUUAAAGUAGCGUUUUAAAUGCGAAACAAAUUGACAAUACAACUUUCAUAACAGUUGCAUAUCAAUAAAAAGAGACUAGCCUGCUGGCCUUACUGGGUCGAUGGGAACAUUAGCCCGAGCUAUUUAGGAGGGAUAUCACACCUGGCACAAAUUAUUGUCUAGUUCUGUUUUUCCUGCCGAGGGUUGCCCUAUACCUGCGCCCAGAAGGGAGUGGUUCAAAGUCGCUAGGUGUAAAACUAAGGUUACCAAACCCCAUUUAUAAUUGCUAACUGACUGGAGAAGUUUUGUUUAAAGCCCCGAUGCUCAUUCUGAACGUUUAAAUGCAUCGCUUGCGGUACGUUUUUUUGAAACAUAAACAUAUCUUUCAUAUCAGUGAGAAAUUAUUUUCAAAAAACUCAAUGUUUAUAGGGUUAGGGUUCCCACACAGCCGUAUUUCCAUGUUGCAGUGCUUUUUUUUACGGAAAACAGAGGCGUACCUGUGCUAAUUACAUAUCUACCUGUGAGUAAACGGAAGAUGGACGCCACAAAAGAGUUGUCACUGCAAAUGUGAUAAGGAAGAAGAGGGUUUUAUGUUUCUAGAACCGUACCAAAAUUGAAAAUCGAUUCACGUUGAGAAGUAUUUGGCUGUUUUGGCUACCAGAGCUAAUUUGCUAACAGGACAUGUAAGGUCUUUGGACUACAAGGAGUAACGGUAGUCCAUUAUUGGGCUACAGUUGCUAUAGUAUUUUAAUAAAAGGGUCUACUUUUUAAUUUGAUUGCGUGCCUCACUUUUCAAACAAAAAACAUCUCUGUUAAACAGUUAAUUAAAUGUAUAUGGCCUAAGUGUUGAAACGUAUCCAAACAAUUGUUAAAAAACCAAAAGGUCAUGGUCUAGGGGUGUGGAUGAGUGUAUCUGUGUGGGUGUGCGCGUGAAUAAGUGCGUGGUGCAGAGACUCCUUGCAGGUGGUCAGUCCAAAUGAAGUUUUCCGGAUAUUUAAAAUGUAACUAGGCAAGUCAGUUAAAAACAAAUUCUUAUUUACAAUGAUGGCCAAACCCGGAUGACGCUGGGACAAUUGUGUGCCGCCCUAUGGGACUCCCAAUCACGGCCGGUUGUGAUACAGCCUGGAAUCAAACCAGGGUCAGUAGUGACGCCUCUAGCACUGAGAUGCAGUGCCUUAGACCGCUGCGCCACAUAGAAGCCAAAAUAAUGCCGCCCUAUUUAGAAAUUGUCUCUGACCCUGUUGUUAUCAGACCUCAUGCUCCAAUACCGCCUCCCCGACGGUGAAGGGGUGAACCACUCGUGUGUGGGGUCCUUGAUGAUGCUGCGGUCCUUCCUCAGGCACCGUUUCGAGUAGAUGACCUGGAUGGGCGGGAGCACGGUCCCAGUGAUGUACUAAUAACCAGCUGAGCUAGCGAACAAUGUAACAAAAGUAGUUUUUCGGAAUCAAAAAACAUAUACCAACAGUCUCUGUUUCAGGAAUCACAGAAGCAAGCUCUCCUGGUGCACUGUUCAAUCAUUUAGCCAUUUAAACAUUUUGUUUUUGGAUAAACUCACUUUUUGCAAUGCCCUCAAUGGCUUCCAUGCUUUGAAACGUGAGCUUGUCCGAGGGGUCGGUCUUGACAACACUUUCUAUCCAUUGGAGUGCUUUGAUUGAUUGCCCCAUUCUGCGGUCGGGCUUAGUGAAGGGUCAAUUGAAUAGGGUUUGUAAUUUUUAAUAGGUCUGACAUGAAAGCGUGAACCAACUUAUAGCCAUAACAAAUAUGGCCGCUUGAUGCGGUAUUCAACCCAGAUGCUCUUAUAAUGUGAAUGUAGUCAAGUAUAUGUUUACCAGAUGCUCCAGAGGCAGUCGUGUGCUGUUGUCAGUGGUCAAGUGGUUGAGUACUGCAGAGCAUUUAAUGACUGUGUUUACACUUCAGACCAAGACGCAGGAUUAUGACACAAACUCUACACUCUGCCAAUCAGCCCGGCACUGCGCUUACUGCAAUACAAGAUUGUGUUGAUAUACUGAUAUGCAGGUAUGAACAUGCUGUUGUUGCCUGUCUGUGACUGAUGUGAGCUUUUUGGCAUUAGAAUGGUUUGGACCUACAGUAUCUGUUGACAUUUGCCAUCUUAGUACAAAAAUAUAUUAUUUAAAGGUACUCUUAUGAGGGUUGGUACUACUGAUUUUUUUUUUUUUUUACUCAAGACAUGCAUUUCCAAACACGCAUCCAAAAACAAUGUGACACUGCAUUCCAAUUUUGUGACCUUGCAGUGAAAACUAAACAAUAUGUCAACACUGUAUUCUUUGGUCAAUUCUGAUGAUAUGGAAUGUCUGGGCAUCGUGCAGGUGCAGAAUGUAAUUGAGUGGAGGCAAACUAAAGACACUGCUAUUUAAGCCUCCCUAAUAUUUACACCAAAGUGAAUUCAUUCAAAGAGCUACCAUUGUCCAGCAUAUCAACUCUGAAGUCAUUGCUUUUGGGUUUGUUAUUUUAGAUCUUUCAGUGACUCUUGAUGGCUAUCGUUUUGUUUUUAGGAUCAAGCGCAUUGUAUGACCUUCCUUUGCAUUAAGUGUAGGCCCAUACAUUGUCAUACAGAAAUGUGUAUAAACCAUUGGUCAAGUUAUUCUCACUUUACUCUACUUGUAUGGCUUUACACAGACAGAAAGAUGAAGUGCAAUCAUAAUUUAGCAACCUGUUUAAUAUUCUAUUGGUGUCCACAAAUUUGUUUACACUUUGAAUCGUUAUAUUGUGUCCUCAAGUGGAACACGUCUGAAUGACAUCCGUUCUACUCUUGUGAUCUGUCGUUGUUUGUCAACAGAGAGAAAAUAUGAUUCCAUUAGGUAGAAGUGGUUCAAUUUUUGUUAUAUUUUAGAUUUACUGAUUCUUGCUUGAAUUGUUUUUUUGUUUUUUUUUGUUUUUUUUAACUAUUUGAAGGAAAUCUAAUCACGGUACCUAGCUACAUAGCAAUGCAUUUGCAGGCUGAUUUUAAUGUAUUGAUUUCUUUCAAAUGUUACACUGCCCAUUGCCAGAUCAAAGUGCUCUUGACUAAUUGCUCUCCACAAAGGCUAUUGGUUAUAUUUUACUAGUAAUACACUGUGUACUAACUUAACACAUCCAGAAAACCAAACUAUCAGUACAGAUUGUAACAAGGGCUCGAGUUAAACCUGUUUAUUACAAUUUAUCUGUGAUCAUUUAUGACAUUCAUGUUUUACUGAAUAAUUUGUCAUACAUCCCUCAUACUGUCCAAAGCAAGGACAAAUAUAUAACAUAUCAUGACAGUUUUUUACAAUCAAUGUAGGCCAACUCUGUUAUGAAAUAUGUUAUCGUAAAUAGUACUAUCACGACAUAACAAACACUAUCAGCUUGUCAAAAAACAAACCGCCCACAAUUUAAUAAUUUGUGUCACCGUGGUAUAUCGCUUCAUAACACAUACAAUGUCUGUUCUGCAUAGCACACACAUAUUCUGCUGUUACCUUUACUGUCAAGUAUCAAUGUAUGCUUUAAGCAGGCAGUUUCCCUGCUCUGUAUGGUGUCAUAUUUCUGAGUCUACUUUUCUUUAAUAGUUCCAUACACUGUAAUGCUUUUCAAAAAGGUUACUACUACUUAGUUAUUACUUUAUUACUGUUAGUAGGUAAAACUAUUACUGUGUUACUGAAAUAUUUUCCCUCAAUAUGUACUUCUUUUCCUAGAGCAAAUGCCAGUGAUGACAAACAUGUCUCACCUAAUUAGCAGAAAGGUUUACAUUUUUGUCACAUUUUUGUUUUUUGUAGAAUGUUGUGCCAUUUACAGUGUUAUAUGCUUGGUAUUUUAGAUCAAUAGGAUUAAUGUUACAAAGUUGUGGACUAAUUGUAUUGUGAGCCCUGUUGUGAACUAUUGAUUCCUCAGAAGUCUAAAACAUUGACCACACUGAGUUGCAUAGUCACACAUUUUAGACAAUUUUUGUUGCUUUUUCCUGUAUUUUUUUUUUAUUUGGUAAACUUUUACAUUCUAAUUUUGAUAUUCUUUAUUUGUAUUGGUAAAAUAUGGUAAAGUUACUGAAUGUCCACAUAUCAAGUCAGGAUACAGCCCUAAGUGAACAUUUUUUACAACAGAAUUUUACAACAUUCCUUUUCGGAAGUUCAAAACCACCAGAGGCUUCAAUUUCAGAACUGUUUGGAUGACUCACUCUACAUUUUAAAAAAGGGCUAUCUCAUUGCUUCUUCUUUUUUUCUUAAGUAACAAACACAGUUUACUGCAAAAUCCUCCCAAUUCAGUCACAGUUAACUAGGACAAAGCGAAUUUAAUGGUAUUCCAAAAAAUGCAAAAGCUGCCUUUUUUAUAAAGCUUGUCCUAGCAAGCAUCACGGAGACACACUUUUUUUGUUUAAUAUAAUACAUUUCUUUUUGAAAAAAAGCUUUCCCUCCCCAAUUUUUUUUUCUCAAUCUUUACCUAAAUCUUCCUCUAUUGAAUGUAGGCUCUAAAGUGUGCCCUCGUUCAUUAUACUGAUUAUAGUUGAGCAACAUUUCUUCCUCAUGUUUUAAAAUGUGACCUUUCUGCAGACCAUAUAUUCAGCUACUGUUUUUACCAUAAUUCAAAAUGACUUCAUAUACAUUAUUCAGCUGUUUGUAUUUCACUUUGAAUGUGUUUUGAUGCAACAGAAAUGACUUUAUCCAGAAUAAGAUGGCGUAAACACAUGCUAACGAAUAACACCAGAUGUUUGUGUGUUGCGCUGUAAAUUCAAAGGUAAUGUUUGGGGGGAUUUUUACAGCAACAUUAUAGCAGAACUAAUACACUUGCUCCAAUGACUCUUCCAUUUUUAUUGAAAAACGUGAUGAUGAUAAUGAAAUCUCACCAAUUCAAUAAUGGGGAAAAAGCUAGGACAAUAUUAUUGAAUGUUCAAAUGGCUUUAUAGGAUGGGGGAAGGGGGGGGGAUAUUAAUUUCAUGCUAAAUGAGGUAAUAGGUGUUUCUUCAACAUCCAAAAACUAGGUUGAUGUUGAAGUCUGACAGUGGCUACUUUGAGAGAUCUCCAUGGAGACCGCAUCAUCGAAAGCACUGAGCUCUAUGAAGGCUGUUACACUUACAAACAACUAUAAUACCAGUUUCAAGCCCACAAUCACUGUUUCAGUUUAGCAUUGUGUAGUAUUUAAAAUCCCUUCAUUGUGUUGAUAUACAGCUAAGAUUGUAACCUUUUUCUCCAUGAGUUAAUUCCAUAGCACAUCUUUGUACUUUUACUUAGCACUCAUAAGUAUUCAUUAACUCUGCAGUUAGCUUGCAUCUGAAAUUGCAUGUCAGUUAUUUUUACAAUACGGCUUCAUACAAUUUUGUCACUUUCUGUUUAGAGAGCCAUCACAGUUGCUCGUAUCAUAUAUAAAUUGAAAAAAAGAACAGUAUUUGAUCAAAUUCGAGAUUGUACAAUAAUACAAGCAGGAAUGUCUCCAAACGCCUCUUCUCUGUAAGAUGGCAAUGGUACUAAACUUUUCCUUAUGCAUUUCUUUAACCUUAACUGCAGUUCACGAAGGUGGGUGUAAGUUUCCACAAUACAAUUUUUCACACUGCACACUCACACUGCAAAAGUAUGUAUGUCGGGAUGAGCGGGCAUCUGGGGUUGAGGGGAAAGUAUUGGUUUGUUUGGAAAACUGCUGAUUGUGAUACUGAGAAAAAAAAAAGAAUGUCAUGUCUAUGUUGGUAUACAAGGUAUAAUUUUGGGGACAACAAUGUAGAUUAUGUAAAAAUGAAGAAUGGUGCUGCUUGACAUGACUGCUUUCGAAAGCUUUCAGUGUAAACUGUAUGUUUAUUGUCCGUCUCUCUCACACACUGUCCCACCAAAAGCCGGUUGCUUCCUAACUACUUAAACAAUUUUGGCAUGUGGCAUGGAUGUACUUACAUGAAUGUCUUAGAGUAGAAAUGUUUUAGGAAUUGUCAGUGAUCCAUUGGAUAACAAAAUUGGAAGCCACAAACCAGAUGAUCGCAUUGCUCUUUUCAAUAAAUACACUGUACAUCUUAAAAAAAA